CCCGAGGGGCCCGGACCCCGGCGAGCCCGCCACCGUCCCCUCCAGCGCCGCCGCCGCCGCGGGAGCAGCAUGGUCCAGCUGGGGAAGCUGCUCCGCGUCCUGACUUUGAUGAAGUUCCCCUGCUGCGUGCUGGAGGUGCUCCUGUGCGCGCUGGCGGCGGCGGCGCGCGGCCAGGAGAUGUACGCCCCGCACUCCAUCCGGAUCGAGGGGGACGUCACCCUCGGGGGGCUGUUCCCGGUGCACGCCAAGGGUCCUAGCGGAGUGCCCUGCGGCGACAUCAAGAGGGAGAACGGGAUCCACAGGCUGGAAGCGAUGCUCUACGCCCUGGACCAGAUCAACAGCGAUCCCAACCUGCUGCCCAACGUGACGCUGGGCGCGCGGAUCCUGGACACUUGUUCCAGGGACACUUACGCGCUCGAACAGUCGCUCACUUUCGUCCAGGCGCUCAUCCAGAAGGACACCUCCGACGUGCGCUGCACCAACGGCGAGCCUCCGGUUUUCGUCAAGCCGGAGAAAGUAGUUGGAGUGAUUGGGGCUUCGGGGAGUUCGGUCUCCAUCAUGGUAGCCAACAUCCUGAGGCUCUUUCAGAUCCCCCAGAUCAGUUAUGCAUCAACGGCACCUGAGUUAAGUGAUGACCGGCGCUAUGACUUCUUCUCCCGUGUGGUCCCACCUGACUCCUUCCAAGCUCAGGCUAUGGUGGAUAUUGUAAAGGCCCUAGGCUGGAAUUAUGUGUCUACCCUGGCAUCUGAAGGGAGUUACGGAGAGAAAGGUGUGGAAUCCUUCACACAGAUUUCCAAAGAGGCAGGUGGGCUCUGCAUUGCGCAGUCUGUGAGAAUCCCCCAAGAGCGCAAAGACAGAACCAUUGACUUUGAUAGAAUUAUCAAACAGCUCCUGGACACCCCGAACUCCAGGGCCGUCGUGAUUUUUGCCAACGAUGAGGAUAUAAAGCAGAUCCUUGCAGCAGCCAAAAGAGCUGACCAAGUGGGCCAUUUUCUUUGGGUCGGCUCAGACAGUUGGGGAUCCAAAAUCAACCCACUGCACCAGCAUGAAGACAUUGCAGAAGGAGCCAUUACCAUUCAGCCCAAGCGAGCAACUGUGGAAGGGUUUGAUGCCUAUUUUACAUCCCGCACACUUGAAAACAACAGAAGAAAUGUAUGGUUUGCCGAAUACUGGGAGGAAAACUUCAACUGCAAGUUGACGAUUAGUGGGUCAAAGAAGGAAGACACAGAUCGCAAAUGCACAGGACAGGAGAGAAUUGGAAAAGAUUCCAACUAUGAACAGGAAGGUAAAGUUCAGUUUGUGAUUGACGCAGUCUAUGCGAUGGCUCAUGCCCUCCAUCACAUGAACAAAGAUCUUUGUGCUGACUACCGAGGCGUCUGUCCAGAGAUGGAACAAGCUGGGGGCAAGAAGUUGUUGAAGUAUAUCCGCAAUGUUAAUUUCAAUGGGAGUGCAGGCACCCCAGUAAUGUUUAACAAAAAUGGGGAUGCACCUGGGCGUUAUGACAUCUUUCAGUACCAGACCACAAACACCACCAAUCCCGGUUACCGUCUGAUCGGACAGUGGACAGACGAACUUCAGCUCAAUAUAGAGGACAUGCAGUGGGGUAAAGGAGUCCGGGAGAUUCCCCCCUCAGUGUGUACGCUGCCUUGUAAGCCCGGGCAAAGAAAGAAGACACAGAAGGGAACUCCAUGCUGCUGGACCUGUGAACCUUGCGACGGCUACCAGUACCAGUUUGAUGAGAUGACAUGUCAACAUUGCCCCUACGACCAGAGGCCCAAUGAAAACCGAACUGGCUGCCAGGAUAUCCCCAUCAUCAAACUAGAGUGGCAUUCCCCCUGGGCCGUCAUCCCUGUCUUCCUAGCAAUGUUGGGGAUCAUUGCCACCAUAUUUGUCAUGGCCACUUUCAUCCGCUACAAUGACACGCCCAUUGUCCGGGCAUCUGGGCGGGAACUGAGCUACGUUCUGUUGACUGGCAUCUUUCUUUGCUACAUUAUCACUUUCCUGAUGAUAGCCAAACCAGAUGUGGCAGUGUGUUCUUUCCGGAGAGUUUUCUUGGGCUUGGGUAUGUGCAUCAGUUAUGCAGCCCUCUUGACAAAAACCAAUCGGAUUUAUCGCAUAUUUGAGCAAGGCAAGAAAUCAGUGACAGCUCCCAGACUCAUAAGCCCGACGUCACAGCUGGCAAUCACUUCCAGUUUGAUAUCAGUUCAGCUUCUAGGUGUAUUCAUUUGGUUUGGUGUUGAUCCACCCAACAUCAUCAUAGACUAUGAUGAACAUAAGACAAUGAACCCUGAGCAGGCCAGGGGAGUUCUCAAAUGUGACAUUACAGAUCUCCAAAUCAUUUGUUCCUUGGGAUAUAGCAUUCUUCUCAUGGUCACAUGUACUGUGUAUGCCAUCAAGACUCGGGGUGUCCCAGAAAAUUUUAACGAAGCCAAACCCAUUGGAUUCACUAUGUACACGACAUGUAUAGUGUGGCUUGCCUUCAUUCCCAUUUUUUUUGGCACUGCUCAGUCAGCGGAAAAGCUCUACAUACAAACUACCACACUUACAAUCUCCAUGAACCUAAGUGCAUCAGUGGCUCUGGGGAUGCUAUACAUGCCGAAAGUGUACAUCAUCAUUUUCCACCCUGAACUCAAUGUCCAGAAGCGGAAGCGAAGCUUCAAGGCGGUAGUCACAGCAGCCACCAUGUCAUCGCGGCUGUCACACAAACCCAGUGACAGACCCAACGGUGAGGCAAAGACAGAACUCUGUGAAAACGUAGACCCAAACAGCUGGUCAGCAUGGCUGGACUAGGCUGAGAAAAAAAAAGGGAUGAUAAAAGGAAGAAAAGAAAGCUCUGACCAGAUAGAUAACUUAUCUGGGAGCUGGUUCCCUCAACUGCAACAGCUCAAGCAACUAAAACCCGACUGCCUUAAAUCAAGAGGCACCAGCACUCCCAUGUUCAGAGGUACCUGAAUUGUGAACUGGUCUACCAAAGGCUAUUGAAUCCACUGAAAGAGUGGGCAUAAUGUCUAUGGUCUCUAUCGCAGCCUCUUCUCCAAAAGGGAAAAAAAAGAAUAAAAGGAAUAUUGUGUGCACAUUUAUUUUAUACAUACCUAUAUAUUUACUUUUCCUGUAGACUGUAUACCACCAGUAAGAAAGAGUGUACAAAAGUCUGUUACUUGGUACACUAUCCCACCAACAGUAUAGCUUUUGCCUGCUUUCUAAAAGGUAAGAAACAAUCUAAUUUUUACUUGUUUGUAUGUUCUUGUCUCUACUGAGAAAAGAAGUGUUUCCAUGAAAACUGUGCAUGAUUACCUGUAAAUCUGUUUAUAUGAUGAAACAUGUUUUCAAAAUGAUCUGUUUGCUAAGCAUAGUGCAGACAGCGGCUGUGGGUCAUAUGCUUGGUCUCUUUGUUCUGGAGAACAUGUGUGUGGGUGUGUGUACAGUGCCUUUCCUAAGCAAGUAAACAACAAUGGUCUGGUCACUCUGUAUAUGGCCUACUUUAAAAUUACCGAUGGCGAGAGAUUAUUUUUAAAUGUGUAUUGUCAUGCUCUGGUUUUAGAAUGUAAUGUGGAAACUUACAGGGAAGAAAGGGAGAUAUUUUACAAGCCUAGCAAAAAUGUUUGUUCUGGUUUAUUUUUAGUAAAUUCAUUCCCAGAAAUGUAUUCAUUCAAAAAACAAUGAAUGGCCUUACCAUCUCAAACCCAAAAUAGUCUUGGUUCCUUCUUUACAGCAAAGGAAGAGAAAAGGCUUUGCUAGAUGAGCUUGAUAGUGUGCUGAAGAUGAUCUGUGGCUCAUAGUUCUGCCUUAGAGAAACACCGAACCAACUUCAGUCAUGUCACUGAGCAAAGAAAGCAUCAAUAAAAGACCUCAAGAAUCUAUAAUGAGUUUAACAUUAGUCAAACCCAGGAAUUGCCAAUAAACACCAAAGGUAUUCAAACUAAUAGCUUAGGUGAAAUGGUGAAUGAUGUGAUAUGUGAACUAGAUAUGGGAAUGAGCAGACAUAAGAAUAAUGAUUGAUUCUUUACUGAUGUUUAGUAUUUGGGGCUCUCAGUAAAAGAUAUAUGCUAUGUAUGAAUGUAUUAUUAUUGUUAUUCAUUAUUAUUUCACUACCUCCCUCCUUUAGCCUACACAAUAGUAUAACGUAGUGGAAAAGAACCCCUCUAUCGACAAGCAUCCUUAUCCAGCUGAAAAUCAAAGUAUUCCCAACUGUGGGAAAACAGACAGUGGGAAACAUGGUGUAGAGUUAUUAAAAUCAUGUGGUGGAGGGCAGCCCUGGUGGCUCAACAGUUUAGCACCGCCUUCAGCCCAGGGCAUGAUCCUGGAGACCCAGGAUCUAGUCCCAUGUCCGGCUCCCUGCAUGGAGCCUGCUUCUCCCUCUGCCUCUCUCUCUGUGUGUGUGUGUGUGUGUCUCUCAUGAAUAAAUAAAUAAAAUCUUAAAAAAAAAAUCAUGUGGUGCCGGUGAAUAAAAGGUUGCCUUUAGAUUUCCCUUAAACUUGCUACUAUUCUUUCAAAAUAGAGAAGCCUAUCUGUAGAAAGAUUCCAAGAGAGAGCAGACAGGUCCUGUCAUGGGAGGGAGAAAUAUUGCUUCGUAGUGUGGGCUAGUCUUCCUGUUUUCUAUGUUGCUAAAGUGGAACUUGUAUCAGAUCAUUGCUAGGUGCCUAAUCCACUUAGCACUGUAAGACAGGACAAGAGUACUUUCAGAGUAAUUAUAUUUUUUGUUGAUUUUAGAUGGGCCUACAACAAUGUCUUUAAUUUGGGAUAUAUUGUUCACACAUUUAUUUCCCUUUUCCGUAUCAACAUGAUCUGUCCUAGUUUUUUAAAUAGGGCAUUCUUUUCUCCCAGUGAAUAUAUAAUGGUAUUCCAGUGAGAUUUUUUUAAGUUUUUAUACUCCAAGGCCUUGUCAAAACACUGCAGCUCAUCACUUGAAUCGUCCUUUUACAUGAGACUCUCUGAGAAUAAAAGAGAAGGAAUUUUCCCUGGGUAAAGAUGAUAGAUUUAAUCUCAAUGCAUUAAAAAUUCUCUUUAGUUUCAUUCUAAGUUGAUUCCUUUUGGGUUAAAGAAUGCAAGAUGAAAAUGUUCUAAGUCAAUUUUUCAGUUAAAAAAAUACUUUCAGGAUGUGCUGUUUCAAAAUAAAGUUUUGGCUAGGAUUUUCUUGUUUCAAAGAUUUUGAUUGUUUCAUGCUCUCCUUUUCUGCCAAUGUGAAGAUGGCUUUACAAAUUAAUUAUAAUGAUCUUAAACUGCUGCUUAAAAAAUAAUUGGGAAGUUGACCUAAGUUACAUUUAUUCUAAGAGGGUAGUGAUUUACCUUGUUCAGGUUACAAUAAGACAAGAAAGCUUGGUAGAACAGUGAAGGAUGGUACGUAAAGUUGGGUGUUCAAAUCCCUUUGUAUAUUGUUUUUAGGCAGACAAAAUAGUAACAGAAAAUUUGUAGAUUUGACUAAACUUUUGUGCUUCUGGGCUAGUACGACUUCAGUUUCAUCCACCACACCCCAACAAAGGUGGAAUGUACAAAGGAUAUCAAGUACCCACUUGUAAGGGGUUGAAGGAAGCAGAUUCAAAUUCAGACAGACCAGAACCUAACUUGCUUUAAAAAUGCAUUCCAUCCCCUGCCUCUGUUGAACAGCAUUCUCUGACAGACACCAAAGGCCAGACAUGAGCUGAAUCAGCACUGCCUGCCAUCUCUUGUCUGAAUGUUUGUAGAUUUUACAACUCUGCAGAGGGUUAUCAAUCUAACGACAUUUGUUUUAAAAUGCAAUUAAGCAACAAAAACACAAUCAAUCUGGCAUCAUUACCAUCAUUCUUGGGCAGGAAAUAGGCUGUUUUGUUACGAGGUAAAUUUUCACACCACAGGAUGGUGUUCUCAUUUUUUAAAACUUGAACAGUUUAAUUCAGCCUUGCAAGUCAUAGUCCUGAGUCUUGUUUUUACAAGGUAUGUUCUUCUUACAAGCACAUUGGUUAUACUAUUAUUGACAUUUCACUAAUUUAUUAAAUGGUAUUGUAAAAAAAAUCAAUAAUCUCUUGUCUUUUAUAAUUACUAUAAUGGGGUUAUCUUAUAUUUUAAAGCUUUGCAUAACUGUGUAAGCCAAGUUUUCGUAUCAUGUUGAGACUCUCUCUCCUCUUUAACAUUCAAUGUGAUAUGUCUAACUGGAGACUCUGUCAAUUUAAAAUCCAUCUUGAAAAACUCUGUAAGUAUAGCAUAGCACAGAAUAUAUGUUAUGUGACCUUUGGCAUAGAAUCACCUUAGAAAUAAAUGCAGCUGUAAAUCU